AUUUAGGUUCUAUGAACGCGUUUCUACAUUUGAAUCGACGACUAGUUACAACCAAGUCCCACAGGCCACAGUCCCUCUUACAACCAAGUCCCUCUUACAACCAAGUCCCUCUUACAACCAAGUCCCUCUUACAACCAAGUCCCUCUUACAACCAAGUCCCACACGCCAGAGUCCCUCUUACAACCAAGUCCCUCUUUACAACCAAGUCCCUCUUACAACCAAGUCCCUCUUACAACCAAGUCCCUCUUACAACCAAGUCCCACAGGCCACAGUCCCUCUUACAACCAAGUCCCACAGGCCACAGUCCCUCUUACAACCAAGUCCCACACGCCAGAGUCCCUCUUACAACCAAGUCCCUCUUACAACCAAGUCCCUCUUACAACCAAGUCCCACACGCCAGAGUCCCUCUUACAACCAAGUCCCUCUUUACAACCAAGUCCCACAGGCCACAGUCCCUCUUACAACCAAGUCCCACAGGCCACAGUCCCUCUUACAACCAAGUCCCACAGGCCACAGUCCCUCUUACAACCAAGUCCCUAUUACAACCAAGUCCCACACACCACAGUCCUUCUUACAACCAAGUCCCACACACCACAGUCCUUCUUACAACCAAGUCCCACACACCACAGUCCCUCUUACAACCAAGUCCCACACACCACAGUCCCUCUUACAACCAAGUCCCACACACCACAGUCCCUCUUACAACCAAGUCCCACACGCCACAGUCCCUCUUUACAACCAAGUCCCACACACCACAGUCCCUCUUACAACCAAGUCCCACACGCCACAGUCCCUCUUACAACCAAGUCCCUAUUACAACCAAGUCCCACACGCCACAGUCCCUCUUACAACCAAGUCCCACACGCCACAGUACCUCUUACAACCAAGUCCCACACGCCACAGUCCCUCUUACAACCAAGUCCCACACGCCACAGUCCCUCUUUACAACCAAGUCCCACACGCCACAGUCCCUCUUACAACCAAGUCCCACACGCCACAGUCCCUCUUUACAACCAAGUCCCACACGCCACAGUCCCUCUUUACAGCAUGAGAACCAUGUUGGAAAAUAUCUUGUUGGUUUGUAUUUGUGUAUCUGUGUGUGACAAGUAUU